AUGUAUUUGUCAAAUCUUACUGGCCAUUCGAAGUCUUGGCGGCUUUGUCCUAUUGAAAGGUGGCCGACCACUCAGCAAAAACCGGCAUACGGGUCUCAUCAGGAAGGUGUAGUCACCUACUUACUGGACGUGCCGAGGAAUCAAAACCACUUGGCUGAUUGGCUGUCAAGACCAGAGGCUGAAGAUGAGGCUCCCAGGAUCAGGUUUGCGGUCAAUAGCCUCGUCGUCGAACUGGAUCGUUGUGUACAGCAAUUCGGAACCAAAGCAUGCAAUUCACUUGGAGACUGUAUUGAAGCGGAUCCGGGGGUUGACCUGUGGAUAAAUGAAGUCAAGACACAGCUCCCUCGGAGUUCGGUGACACUGCUGGGGCAUAAAAUGGGUCACGGAUUGUUUAGCCAACUGCCAGAAAAAUUAGCAAAGAUCGAGGACUGUGCUGUUGCCAAUUCAAAGCGGACUCUACGGCAGUUUUUUUGGACCAGCAGCAUACUACAGCAGAUAACCGAAAUUAGUGAACGUGGCCUGAGCCCUAGCGAUUCGCAAAUUGGCCUCAUCAAUAACACUGCAGUUAAAGCCAACACAACUUUCAACGACGCCACGAACCUAGAAUACCUAGCUACUCUGGAGGCUGCUAUGAAGUACAUUCAACAUCUUCGCGAAACCGUAGUCCCAGCCGUCACACGCAACACAGCAUUCAUUGCCGUAUCCAAUGAAGAAAAGGAAGCAAUGAACAAGCUAAAGAUCGAAGAGACAUCACCAUUCUGCCGGCUGACAAGGAACGCCUGA